UUGCGGCCGUGGAUAUAUCGGACAGACUCUUUUGAUGAUGCAGAAAGAAGCCUGCCUCUGGAGUCCGUAUAUGUCUGAGGUAGUGUGCACGCCGCGUCUAAGACAGGUUCAAUGCAGGUCCGCACUCUGAAGCUCGGAUCGCGAGACGAUACAACGGCAACUCCGUGCGUCCUUGAUUAGGACGCUCGCCAGCUCUCAUUUGAAAGGUCAGUAUGUCAAGCAUCAGCGCGAGCCGAAUAACGCCAUACAUCAGCCCAUUCCAGACGCCGGGGUACGGCUAUGCCGAGACGGUGGUCCCUGGCACAUUCGAAAAAAUUCCCUCACAGUUUCUGCCGCCGAGCCAGCAGCCUUCCAGCAGUGAAGAUGCACCGAUCGAAUUCGAAGAUGAAGCCGCACCGAUCGAGUCGUCGUGGAAUAUGCAACAGCACAUGCUUCGGUAUCCUCAGCGAAGUUCCUCCCCGGUUCACCAUCAACCACAGCAGCCGCAGCACCACAGGUACCAGCACCACCAGCAGAAGGAUCAACGCGCAGCGCCCCAAUUUUACCAACCUUCACUGUUUCAUGGCACUGAAGCCCUCGCAGAAUCAUCCCCAUCCUACUCCCCACGCCAUGAAGCUCAUCCGAGCCCUAGUAAGCGUGCCCGCCAUGAACAGGAGCGUGUGCAACCCUCAGCCGCAAACCCCGCCAUGCAUGGCGGCGAAUACACAUCUGCACAGCCGUCCUACCAUUCUUCUCAGGCGUUUCUUCCAUCGAGCCAAGUGACGCAAGCCGAGCCGAACGCAAAAGUAUCGCCUUCGCCCUCCCUGCCUUCAAGCUACCAGUCAUAUCAACAGGUCACAUACUAUGACGACUCUGCUAACAUUCGCCGCAGCAGCCACAUGCAGCAAUUCUCGUUAUCUCAAUCAAUCUUGUCGCAGAACCAGACUGCACAUACAUCCACCUCGUAUGAAGCGCCUGAGCGAGGAUCGUACCUGUUACCCACUGGGAUCCAGAGGCAGCGGGACAGCUCGCCGGCCAAUGCGUCUGGGGUCUCGGGGUCCUCGCAGUUUGUGAGCGACUUGGGGGCUCUGGGUGGAGGGUGGGACGGGUAUAUGGACACCAUUGGACUCUCCAGGAGCAGAAGCAGCAGCUCUGGCUCGGACAGCGGUAAUAAAUACCAGCAUGCUCAUAUCGACAGUCCUUCUGGCGUCCUUGGGACCAUGGGAUAUCGUGAUCAAGGGCAUAUAACCGCGCCUGACGCCAAUGGAACAGGAAGGGGAGGAGGUAGAGGAGCGAGAUCUGGAGAAGCGGGAGAUAGAGGAAGGGGAGCAACGAUGCAAUUGGAAGGGUUGUUUAGCGCGAUUUCGGCCGAUGACAGUCUGAAAAAUCUUGAUCAGAAAGGUGCUUCUGCAUACAGGAAAGUAUUCGCCCAGCUCGGCUUCCCCGUCACAAUGUCCGCUAGAGGGUCAGUUCCAACGCCUGCAUCUGCGUUUACAGGGGAACCAGAACCGGCAUUGUCGAUGAGCUCUACAUCCAGUGACUUUUUUUCGCAGCAGUGGCACAUCGCCAAGUCGCCGGAUGCGUCUUUGGCCCCAUUUGCUUCAUCGCCGCCAUCGCUCGUUGCUUUCGAUUAUCCUCUCAUUGUUUCGCCAACAGCAUCGACCGCAAUGGCGGUGGUGGCGCCAGUACCCGCAGCAGUGGAAAGAAGGAGUCGGCCCAAGAACCAGAAAACACACGAGCUUACAUCCAACAAGUUUGCAGGAAUUGAUCAUGAGCAGAAGGACAAUUCAUUCUUCGCUCCAGUCACCUCACAGCCAGCGCUUUAUGCUAUUACUGAUGGCAUCAACGCCUCGCCAACAGUUACAGCGGCGGCGGCCCUAGUGGCACAGUUGAGGGCUUGGUCCAAGGGACAAGGAAAACGAGGGGAUUCAGCCAAAGAACCUGCAGAAACCCAUCAGGAGCAGCUGGAUGAUUCGGUUGGGCUUUCGAGAAAAAGCAGCAGAAACAGCAACGUUCCGGACGCGAGCUCGCAGACGCUGGUUCCAACCCAGAGCUCGCAGGGAAUCGGGAAGGGCAAAUCGAAACAAAUACGCCGCAGCAACGGCGAUGAUGAGUUGGAAUCGAGCCAAUCCCUGCCGCAGUCUCAGUCGCAGCCUCAAUCGCAAUCGCAGCGUCCGCGCGCAAGGCUGAAGAAGAUCAACAUUGAAAAGUAUUCGGACAUCGAUGGCGAGAAGAUCGGUUUGGUCCUUGCAGAAAUGGGAGGAAAGGAAGGUAUCGAUUCUGCCAUUAAAACCUCUCAGAAGGAGAGGACCAAACUCAGGCACGUGCUCGAUCCUCGCAGGACAGCUCCGAGCCAUUGACGGGAAAGC